AUGUCGGGCAUCACAUUCUUCGUCACUUGCGAGGCGCCGAAGACCCGGGGGUGUCUCCUAGUGUCUCCUAGUGUCAAGAUUGGAAUUGACCCGUGUGGUUGGUGUGGACAAGACCCUGAUGUGGCGGGUUGCAAAACGAGCCUCAUUCGCACCGAGAAAGACUCGCUCUCCGUGGAGUCUAACUGCUUAUAUUUCUAUUCAAAGAUGCGAUACUCUGAUGCAGCAAAUUUUUCGGAGUCCUCACCCUGCAACAACGUCCCUUUACACUGUCCAUUGUGCCCAAGGGAGAUGAAUGGGCAACACACUACAUUUUGGAAGUACAACUUCACUCACCACAUCACCACCUACCAUCUCACAGAUUCUGGUCAAUUUCCUCCCUUCCCGAGAGAGUUCCGCAUAAACACACACAUCAGUAUGGACGAGGAACAGCAAAUUGGCAUUCACCGAGUUGCCACGGAGAAGUACAGAACUGAUAAUGCGAUUCCGAACAGCGACGGCCUCAUGGAGCCCGAGAACUAUGGGCACGAAGACUCGGACUCAGAGGCAGACGAAGCACAGAGAAAACGGGCCGCCUCCUGCGUCUCGCAAUCAAGCGUCGAGCCUGUCCAGAAACCCAUCCCCAUCCAAAAGCCAACGUUUACAUGCACAUGUACGAUAGCUUUCACCUCGUCCCACCAAUGGCGAUGUUAUCUUGUCGAGCGAUCGCACGUUGACGUCAUGUACCUGCCCUUUUUGGUGAGGGACCCCGUAACCAGUGGUGGAACAUGCCGUGGGAGGUUGGUGUCUCGGAUUUUUUUACCGAACACCGCCUGA